AUGCGGAACGUUCGCCGACGAGUGCGGGCUGAGGUGCUGGGGUGUCGGAAGCAGCUGGAGCCUGACGACGUGGCCGGUUGGCGUGUUUAUGUGGAUAAAGUGACACGGGCAUUACUUCGUGGGCGACUGCGUUCGUUCACCUUCCAUCAACUCGAUAACCCUCAAGUGCUCGCCCAUCUGGUUAGCCUCGCUGAACAGCGGGGUCUGUCCGUGCUCGCCGGACGCCAUGGCAAAAACUCUUACCGAAUCAUCCCCCGUUCGGCACUGCUCCUGCUCCAUCGAGCGCGCAAAAGCGGCCGACCCGUCCUCGUUGCCGUAGACUUUACAACGGUGGAGAUCCGACCUGCGAUGGACUCCUCCCGCUCGCAAUCUUAUUUGGACAGCUCAGUGAUGAGCAGCCAAAGCCCAGCACCCUCAGAUGACCAUGUAUCGGUCGCCCCUGUGGCCAAGCAUGACUGCGGCAAUAAACCUUUUUUGACAGCAACUCGGAACCCGAGGUCGCGGGAUCGAGUCACGCGGGAUCCAGUCACGCGGGAUCCAGUCACGCGGGAUCGAGUCACGCGGGAUCCAAGGUCGCCGGAGGAACCGAAUUCGACCUACACCAUUCGCUCGGAGCAGGAGCUUAAACGGGUCCGCACCCUAGCCAAGUUACUUAACGUACAGGUCCUCGAACCAGUCGACCUUUGUCCCUGUCGAUGUGUGACCCAACCUCGCACACUUCUAUUGGUUGGGCCCACCGCCCGGCUCGGCGAGCCGUGUCUCUGUACGGGCUACCAGACGGAGAAUUGCUUGUUCAACAACCUGCUUUACCGCAUCUAUAAGCUGCUCAAGUUCCUGAAUCGCUAA